AUGAGCGAAGAAUGUGCAAAUCCGCUGCUGUUGGGGUGGAUCAAGGAGUGGCUGGAUCAAGCUCGUGAGCGCAAUAGCAAGGGUGUGACAGUGUACAAAAAGGCCUAUGAGUCGAUGAAGGCAUGCCCUUUGGCAUUUGAGCAUCCAUCCCAAGCCCAACAGUUGAAUGGACUCGGGCCAAAACUUUGUGAUCGCCUGACAGAGAAACUCAAAGCCCACUGUGAGCAAAAUGGGCUUCCUAUGCCAGAGCUGUCUGGUCAAGCCAACAAAAGGUUGUCGGACACUGGUGUUGCCGAUCAGCCGGCGAAGAAGCCUCGAAAAGCCAAGCCAUACGUACCGGCUCUCCGGUCCGGCGCAUACGCGCUUCUUCUGGGUCUCGCGACUCUGGGAGAACACACAAACCAGGGGAUGACCAAAGCGCAUUUGAUUGAAGUCGCCCAGCCUUACUGCGAUAGCUCCUUCACAGCACCAACGGACCCUACUAAGUUCUACACCGCGUGGAAUUCCAUGAAAACAUUGAUCCAGAAAGACCUCGUUUAUGAGCAUGGCCGCCCGCUUCGGAAGUAUGCGCUUUCAGAGGAUGGCUGGGAAGUUGCUAAGCGCAUCCAGAAGACUCUUCCUGGAUACACUGAACACCCUAGACCCUCUGCAGCCAGCGCCGCCGGAAUCGGCGGCGGAGCCACCCAAGACGAUGACGACAAUGACCUGAUACAACCAAUUACCAACGCACACCUUGCUCUUAACCGUUCAGCUGGAGCAGACGGACCGGUUGAUCCUAUCAUUCUGCCUCCAAACAGUUUCACGAUACAGUUGGUGUUAGAUACUCGCGAAGUACGCACGUCAACGGAUCGAGAUUAUAUCGCCAAUGAGCUCAUGAAACAGGGGAUCACUCCUCAGGUGCGGGCUCUCGAACUAGGAGACGCGAUGUGGGUAGCUAAAUGUCGAGACCCGGCAUUCCUCGCCCGUCACGGCGAAGAAAGUGAUGAAAUCAUGCUGGACUGGAUUCUCGAGAGAAAGCGCCUCGAUGAUCUUAUUGGAUCCAUCAAGGAUGGUCGAUUUCACGAGCAGAAGUUUCGCCUGCGGCGAUCUGGUAUUAAAAACGUUAUCUACUUGAUAGAAGAAUUCUCCGUUACGCAUCCAGAUGCUGGCAAUGGAAGCACUCUCAAGUACCAAGAAAUGGUCGCCUCUGCAAUCGCCUCGACACAAGUAGUCAACGGAUACUUCAUUAAGAAAACCCGGAACCUUGACGAUUCAAUCCGCUAUUUGGCCCGCAUGACCCUGCUGCUUCGCAAUAUGUAUGGAGCUCACGAUUUACCCAGCAGCGAGUUGAAUUCCAGUCAGAGCGGCAAGUUCUCGAAUUCUUCAAAAGUUGCUCUCAUCCCCAGCCGAUGCCUGUCUUCUACACAAUCCUAUAUCAAUCGCCUAGACGAUCUUCGUGCCAGAGAUCCGUCUCUCACGUAUGGUGUGACUUUCUCGACAUUUUCUGCGCUCACCUCUAAGUCUGAUGUGCUAUCACUACGGGAUAUUUUCUUGAAAAUGCUCAUGUGCACUCGCGGUGUCACGGGCGAAAAAGCGCUCGAAAUUCAACGGAGAUGGAAAACCCCCCAGCAUUUGAUUGAGGCAUACAUGGCAUUAGAUCCUAAAGCAAGGGAAACUAUGAUUUCAGAUCAGUUGCAGUCACUGGUGGGACGCAAGAAGGUCGGCAAGGCUCUCAGUAAAAAGAUCGCAGAGGUCUGGGGAGAAGGUGGAUAA